UUUUUUUUUUUUUCUUUCUUUCUUCCUACUAUAUAUACUCUCUGCGUAGUCGUGUUCUUCUUUGUUUCUUCAUUCAUAAACCUAGUUACUCCAAUUACGACGACGCAGGUUUAGUUCGAAUUGUUCGGUUUCGAUUGCGAUGGCUAGGAAGAUGCUUAUCGAUGGCGAACCUGAAUUGGUUCAAGGUGGGGAAGAAGGGACACAUUUUGACUUCGACUUGUUUAUUAUUGGGGCUGGAAGUGGUGGCGUUCGUGCCGCUAGAUUUUCAUCGAAUUUUGGAGCUAAGGUCGGGAUUUGUGAACUUCCGUUUCAUCCAAUUAGCUCAGAAACAGUUGGAGGAGUCGGUGGAACGUGUGUUAUUCGUGGUUGUGUUCCCAAAAAGAUUUUGGUCUAUGGAGCAUCUUUUGGAGGUGACCUUGAGGAUGCCAGGAAUUAUGGGUGGGAAUUGAAUGAGAAAGUUGACUUCAAUUGGAAGAAGCUCUUGCAAAAGAAGACAGAUGAAAUAAACCGGUUAAAUGGAGUUUACAAGCGGUUGUUAUCCAAUGCGGGGGUUAAAUUAUUUGAAGGCGAGGGAAAGAUAGCUGGUCCAAAUGAAGUUGAGGUGACACAGUUGGAUGGUACUAAACUGUCCUAUUCAGCGAAGCACAUAUUGAUUGCAACUGGAGGCAGGGCUCAACGUCCAAAUAUUCCAGGACAGGAAUUGGGUAUAACAUCGGAUGAGGCACUAAGUUUAGAAGAGCUUCCUAAACGUGCUGUGGUUCUUGGAGGAGGUUAUAUUGCAGUUGAGUUUGCAUCUAUAUGGCGUGGUAUGGGUUCCACAGUUGAUCUAGUUUUCAGAAAGGAACUUCCACUGAGAGGUUUUGAUGAUGAAAUGAGAGCCGUAGUUGCAAGAAAUCUUGAAGGCAGGGGAAUUAAUUUGCAUCCAAGGACCAAUUUGACCCAGUUGAUCAAAUCGGAGGAUGGCAUUAAAGUUAUUACAGAUCAUGGUGAAGAGCUGAUUGCAGAUGUUGUACUAUUUGCCACUGGUAGGGCACCUAAUUCUAAGAGGUUAAAUUUAGAAGCUGUAGGUGUUGAGCUCGACAAAAUUGGAGCAAUAAAGGUGGAUGAGUAUUCUCGCACCAACAUACCUAGCAUAUGGGCUGUAGGUGAUGUAACAAACCGAAUGAAUCUUACACCAGUGGCCUUGCUGGAAUCAUCGUGCUUGUCUAAAACAAUAUUUGGUGGGCAAUCAAUCAAGCCAGACUACAGUAAUAUUCCCUGUGCAGUGUUCUGCAUUCCACCACUUUCUGUAGUUGGUCUCAGUGAGGAGCAGGCAAUAGAGCAAACCAAAGGUGAUCUAUUGAUUUUCACAUCGACCUUCAAUCCUAUGAAAAAUUCCAUCUCUGGGCGACAAGAAAAAACUAUUAUGAAGCUUGUUGUUGAUGCCGAAACAGAUAAGGUUCUUGGAGCCUCCAUGUGCGGACCUGAUGCCCCUGAAAUUAUACAGGGUAUUGCUAUUGCAUUGAAGUGUGGAGCUACCAAGGCACAGUUUGAUAGCACGGUGGGUAUACACCCAUCGUCUGCAGAAGAAUUUGUCACCAUGCGGUCAGUGACAAGGCGAGUAACUGGAAGUGGCAAACCCAAGACCAAUUUGUAAAAUGUUUAAAUGAAAAUAGUCUGAAUACGAUCCACUUGAUGUAUUGUAAAGCUGCAAAUGACUUCGUUUGGUGAGAAUAGCUCACAUAAAUAUCUGCUUUUUUAUUUCCCAAUAAAAUGGUUUGUUUUCUUAAAAUUUCAUUUUAUACAAAAUUCCAUAUGAAAACAGUGUUUUUCAGUGCCAUUAAAUGUAAGAACGAGUCAUCUGAUUAAUUCUCCUGACUUUAGUUGAGGUGCCUUCAGAUUCAUUAAAGAUAUUACAGACUUUUGUGCUUCUAUUUUGUUA